CCCUGCGCGUAGACGCCGCGAUGUCGGGCGCGGGCGGCGGCGUCGCUCGGCUGCUGCGUACCCGGUGGUGGCGGCCCCGCGCUUUUCCCCGGGGAGCGGCGCCAGUGGCGAGCGCGGGGCCGCAGCGUGGGCUUCGAGCCGUGAGGCAGACCCCGGCGCGCAGUUUGCUGGGCCGGGCCGGCUGGACUGGCCACUCCGCGCGCGGCCUGCACGAUGCGUCGGGGCCGGGGGCCGCCGGCGAGGGACGCCCGGAGGCGGGUGCCGCAGAUCAUGCCGGACCCAAGUUUGACAUCGAUAUGCUGGUGUCCCUUCUGAGACAAGAAAAUGCCAGAGACAUUUGCGUGAUCAAGGUUCCUGCAGAAUUGAAAUACACGGAUUACUUUGUGAUUGGCAGUGGGACAUCCACCCGACAUUUGCAUGCCAUGGCCUAUUACAUUGUGAAGAUGUACAAAUUCCUGAAAUGUAAAAGUGACCCUCAUGUCAAGAUUGAAGGAAAAGAAACGGAUGACUGGCUAUGUGUGGACUUUGGUAGCAUGGUGAUUCAUUUGAUGCUUCCAGAAACCAGAGAACUCUAUGAAUUAGAGAAAUUAUGGACCCUGCGUGCCUAUGAUGACCAGUUAGCUGAGAUAACACCAGAGACAUUACCUGAAGACUUCAUUCUUGGAAUUGAAGAGGACACUUUGACCUUGACUCCAAUGGAGUCCAAAUGUGAACAAAAUAAAUAUGAACUGCGUUAGCUGUUACAGAUUUGGAUGGAGU